AUGGAGUUCGGGGCUUCGCCCCCUGGCGCCUGCAGCGCCUCACAGGCGUCGCCCGUGCCCAAACCAGAGGACGCGAAUCCGGCGGCCUCUCGCCCUGUGGCGACGCCGACUCCUCCGCCAUCGAUCUCUUUGAAUUCUUCUGGUUCGGCAACAGCGAGAAGCGCGGCAGGGGGAGAAGCAGAUCUGGAGGAAAAUGCGCCUUUGCUUCUUCUCCUCGUCCUCUGUGAGGAGCUCUGGCGCGCAGACUCCGGGACGGCGCCAGCCGUCUCCCCCGAGGCCGCAUGCGGAGGUGAAGCCUGCGAAAGCGUGGAGCGUGAAGAGCCUCGUGACAGUCGAGGCGAGGAGGACCCGCAGAGGCUCAUGCAGUCGUUCCACCUCUCGCCUGCAUCGCGUUUCCUGCGCGAGCUUCUCGAAAAGCUCGGCACGCCUGUGUUGGAACGCGCCCAGGCACCUGUGGGUGCGGCCUCUCGCGCUUGUCCUCCCCUUUUGUCUCCGCCCGCAGGCGUCAUUCUGCACACGAAGUACUACGACGCGCCGGUGCGCGUAGCUUGCCAGUGCGUGGCAUACGCAGCGCAGGCCCCGCUCUCCCUCCCGCAGGCUGUUGAGCGCGCCUCGCCUGACCUCGCGGCGCCGUCGCCCUCGCCCCCCAGCGCGCCCUCCGCGGCAGCGACCGCGACGCCUGCGACGCCGCCCACCCCCUCGGCGGCUUCCCCUUCCUCCGCCUCGCUGCGUUGUGAGCGCGCCGCGGCGUUCUCUGAGUCUCCGCGCGUCUUUCCUCGCCUGAACCUCCCGGCGCCGCCCGAGGCGCUCAUCGUCCUCUGCACGCCGAGCGGGGCCACGCGGCUCGCCGGCGGCUGCGAGCGGAAGGCGUUGGAGGAGGGGAGGGUUAGCGCGGCUGCGCCGGUCGUGCACUCCGCACUCUCUGCGCGCGCGAGAUUUGAUCAAGGAGACGAAGCUGACGACUCCCUCCCGCUGCCCGCCUGCCUCCGGCGCCCUCCGUACCGCCUCACAAGGCAGCCAAAGCGCUCUGAGGAGACUCCAGAGAACGCAGAGGAGAAGGAGGGCGAGCACCCAGCUCUGGCGGCAGGCUACACGGCGCUCCGCGGAGAUGAGUCAGACGAGGAGGCCGACGACGAAGGUGGAGCCCAGGACGCAGAAGAAGACGAGUCCGGGCAGUGGCUUUCGAAAGUGCCUGUAAAGCUGUUGGUGUCUCUCGAGAGUUCCGCGGAACGGGCGCAGAGAACGUCUCGCGCUGCGCGGCCGUCAGGGGGGAGAGGCGCUUCGUACGGCGCGACGAUGACAGGCGAGGAGGAGGACCCGUCUGAAAUUCUUUUUUUCGAAGGCAACUGUCUCUUUGAGCACCUCUCGCUUCCUCUCCCUGGCUGCGCGGCGUCUGCGGCGACAGGCCCCUCCGCGGCGGAGGCUGCGCCGUCUUCUCUCGCGUCUUUGUCCGCGUCAGGAGCUCCCCCAAAGCUGCUGGGCACGCACGACGCAGCCGCGCGGCUCGUCGACGCCUUGCAUUGCCACUUAUGGCCCGGUCUGAAGCGGCGCGCGCCUCCCAAGAUGGAGGAACAGAAGCCGCGGGAGGCGUCCUCGGGCUUCUCUGCGUUCAGAAUGGCCCCCUCGCGGACCGCCUCCGCUGCAGCCACGGGUGCAGCAUGCGCAGCUGCGUCUUCGCGCGCUGCCUUCGCCUCGCCGCAGAGUGAGGCCGCAGCGUCCGAGUCAGACGGCGGACAGACGGCGGGCGGUGCGGAAGAGGCGCGACGAAGCGACGGAGAAAACGCGGAGAGUGCCGGCGAAGCGGCAACGCCGACCGCGGAGGGGAAGCAGCCGAAGGCGAAAAAGUGCUCGAAUGAGACAGAAAGUGCGAGUCUGGGGUCUCUGGAGGGACUCGACCGCCUAAUCCAACAGAUGCGGGCAGCUCGCGUGGAGAGUGAAUAUCUCUCGAGGGCCGAACGGAGGGCGCGCGCUGAAGCAAUGGCGAUGAAGCUUGCUAGUCUCCUGGACUUCUCAGAUGAAGAAGACUAG